AUGAGAGCCUCUACCAUCAUUGCCGCAACCCUGCCCCUGGCGGCGGCCAAAGUCUCCUACGAUGGCUUCAAGGCUUUCUCGAUCGACAGCCACGACAACUUUGACGCUGUCGAGGCGUCUCUCGCUGGCCUAAACUACGUGUCUCUCAGCUGCCAGGAUGACCACGAUCAUCUCGACGUCGCCAUCGCUCCCGAGGAUCUCGCCGCCUUCGAGGCCCUGAACCUCGACGCUAAGGUUACCUUUGAGGACUUUGGCGCCGAGCUUGCUGCUGAGGGCGAAUUCGAAUCCUACACUGUAUCUCGAGAUCUGCAUGCUGCGUUCCCCGACAAUUCGGAGAUUUACACUGCUGGCGAAUCACUCGAGGGCCGUCCCAUCAAGGGCAUCCACCUUUGGGGCCGUGACGGACCCGGCAAGCACGAGGCCAUUAUCUGGCACGGUACAGUUCACGCGCGUGAGUGGAUUGUCGCUCCGACUGUUGAGUACAUGACCUACAAGGUCAUUGAUGGCUACAAGAAGCGCGCUUGUAGCUCCGUCCGCACCCUCGAUAACUACGACUUCUACAUCAUGCCCAUUGUGAACCCUGACGGUUUUGUCUUCACCUACACCGAGAACCGCCUCUGGCGUAAGAACCGCCAGGUCCGCACCGGAGCUUCCUGCAUCGGCACCGACAUCAACCGAAACUGGCCCUACAAGUGGGACGUCCCCGGCGGCUCAUCGACGAACCCGUGCUCAGAGACAUACCGCGGCCUUGCCCCUGGCGACACUCCCGAGAUGCAGGUACUGACCAACCACACUCUCGGUCUGUCGCGCACCACCGGCAUUAAGUUCUUCGUCGAUUGGCACGCCUUCAGCCAGCUCAUCAUGCUGCCGUAUGGUUACAGCUGCACUGAGGUUGCGGCGAACAACGACUACCAGAUGAAGCUCGCCGCCGGUGUCAACGAGGCCAUCAAGAGCGUCAACGGCCUCAACUUUGUCUUCGGUCCCACGUGCCCGACCAUUUACCAGACUUCUGGUGUCUCCAUGGACUGGGCUUAUGACGUUGCCAAUGCCGAGCUGUCUUGGGGCUGA